ACAUUAAAAUACAUUUACAUAAAAACAAAAUAGAAGCCACAUUAAAAGAAGCACUAGCACACAAGUACUUUGUGCUGAGGUAACAAGCUGGAUUCAAAAAAUGGCUGUCCUUAUUGAUUAAGAUAUUUUAUGGCAACAGGGACAAACGACUUUUUAUAGAUGUUUUUCUUUGCAGAGGGGACUCUGUACCUUUGCCCCGCGGGCAGUAGCUGAAGGUGAUGAUUUAAGGGAUGCAAUCGUCUAAGAUUUUGCCACUUAAGCUUUGGACUGCUUUGCCAUGCUGAUAGGACAGUUGGGUUUGUUUACAGCCUGUAAUUGUACUGCCCAGUUAAACUAUUUUGUCUUGCUUUUGACACUUACGUGCUCGAACCAGGACAUGAUGUUAAAAACGAGUAUACAUCCGGUUAACAGGUUUAUGACGUCAAAAUAAAAUUGCAAAAAUGAGGGGGUGACGAAGUUUUAAGAGUCUGAGUGUUCACAACUUUAUUUUUGAGAGACCAUCGGUUACUCUUCCAGUAGCUAUUUUCAGAUAAUUCAUUUAGAAUCAUCAAAAUAUUGUGAGAUAUGCCAACGAUUUGUAAUAAUUCUUCAACUGAAAAAAGUCCAAACUUCUUAAAAUUAUUUUUUCAAGUUACAAGAAAGGGGUUAUAUGGCUUUCUGGUUUGUGAUAUUGUAUUAUAUUAGUUUUUAUUAAUCUCGCUCCCUCCUUACAUUCUUGAGUUUUGCGCUGUUUUUUCCGGAGUCAUAACACAGAGGAGUUUAUUUCGAAAACCUUAACCGGAAGUCUUUUUGUUUAUUCAUGCUAGCUGACACUAUGCUACAUUGAGCAGCUCUGUGGUGUAGGAAACUGUGUUUUUACUUGAAUAAGUGUCUGCAGGAAGACAAUGUGUUAAAAGAGAAGCUUUCAGGGAGCAGUCCGGCUUGUGUCGUCGUUGAAAAGUGUCGCAUGUCGGACGUUUCCUCCAAAAAGUGCAGCUGCUUUUCCUUCCUGUGCUGAGCUGUGGCAACAAGAGAUGCUGUUGACGGUAUCACAGUGUAACCAGACGCCUUCUGAUCCACCACACGUCUAAUAAGAUGCCAGCCUAAGUGGACAUAAUGGACAAUGGCAAACCGAGCCGUGUGUGUCGGCCCCAGCGGAUCAGUGAAUCUUCCAAGGUGUUCCGCUGGGCCGAUCAAGGUACGGAGGUGUUACAGGGCCUCAAUGCCCAGCGACAGCACGGCCAGUUCUGUGAUGUGAUGCUGGUGGCAGACGACCAGCGGGUCCCUGCUCACCGAGCCCUGCUGGCCGUCUCCAGCCCAUACUUCCACGCUAUGUUCACUCUGGGCAUGAGGGAGGAACGCCAGGCAGAGGUGGAGCUGGUUGGGAUGUCCUACAUUGGUCUGAAGGCUGUAGUGGACUUCCUGUACAGCGGAGAGCUGCCCUUGGAUGGAGGAAAUAUUGAUUAUGUCCUGGAAGCUGCCCACCUGCUACAGGUGUGGCGAGUGGUGGAUUUCUGCUGCCAGUACUUGGAGCGGGAGGUGAGUGAGGACAACUACCUGUACCUGCAGGAGCUGGCUCUGCUCUACAGUCUGGAGCGACUCGACACCUUCAUCGACCACUUCAUCCUCACACGGUUCUCUACGCUCUCUUUCACCCCCGACUUCCUUUGCAACAUGCCUUUACAUAAGCUCACCUCCUACCUCUCCAGUGGCCAGGUCCAGCACGAUAGCGAGCAGGCGCUGCUCCAGGCUGCCCUGCAGUGGCUCAGCCAGACUCCUGAGCGGACAUCCCACUCCAGACAGCUUCUCUCCCACAUCCGCUUCCCCCUGAUGCCAGUCGGGGACCUGGUGGGCCGGGUGCUGCCGGCAGUGCGGGCCCUGCUGCCAGAGGAGGCUGGCUGCGAGGCCCUCGUGGAGGAAGCGUUGGAGUACCAUGCCACCCCCAGCGCCCAGCCGCUCCUGCAAACUGGACGCACCACGCUGAGGGGAGGAGUAGAACGGCUGCUGCUGAUUGGAGGAGAGGUAUCAGAACGUGGAGAGGAGCUGAGUGCUAAUGUUUGCGGGCUGGACAGUGAAACAGGCAGCUGGGAGGUGGAAACUGAGCUGCCAGCCCAGCGGAGCCACCACUGCCUGGCAGUGCUGGGCGGCUUCAUCUUCGCUGCUGGCGGCAGCUCGUCCAGGGAUAAUGGCGGAGACGCUGCUUGUAACCUGCUAUACAGAUAUGACCCCCGUCACAACCAGUGGACCAGGGGUGCUCCAAUGAACCAGCGACGGGUGGAUUUUUACCUGGGAGCGGUGGGAGAGUGCCUGAUUGCCGUGGGUGGCAGGAAUGACACUGGAGCUUUGUCCUCUGUGGAGGUUUACUGCCCCGCUGAGGACUGCUGGUCCUAUGUUGCAGGACUGCCCAGGUUUACUUACGGUCAUGCAGGGACGGUCCACCGUGGUGUGGUCUACAUCUCAGGUGGUCAUGACUAUCAGAUCGGACCAUACCGCAGAGAAGUCCUGAGUUAUGAUCCGUCACGGGACGUUGAUAUGUGGGUUGAGUGCCAAGCUAUGUCUCUGGCUCGGGGCUGGCACUGCAUGGCCUCCCUCAACCACCUCAUCUACGCCAUUGGGGGCAGCGACGACCACGAGGACACCACUGAGCGCUUUGACAUCCUGCAGGUGGAGUCCUACGACCCACGCAGCAGCCAGUGGACCCGGGUGGCGCCACUGCUGCUGCCCAACAGUGAGGCGGGGCUUGCGGUUUGGGCGGGGAGGAUCUACGUGCUGGGUGGCUACAGCUGGGAGAGCAUGGCAUUCUCCAGAGCCACUCAGGUGUACGACCCUGACAAAGGCUCAUGGAGCAGAGGGCCUGAUUUCCCGAAACGCAUCGCGGGGGCUUCGGCAUGUGUGUGCCUUGUGAAGCCCUCACCAUCAUCACCCUCUCCAGAGAGGAAGAAAAUAGGACACAGGGUGAAAAGAAGAUCAGACCCCACGUAGCAUGAGCAAUGAAGGACUUUUCUCUUUGUCUAAAAGUACAAGGCCUGACUUUUUGCUGAAAAACAGUCACAGCUCUGAUACAAAAUCUGUAAAAGGAGUGAAACAUUUUAUGUCCCCUACAUGAGUGGGGAGGGGUUAUGUGUUGGACUAUUUCUUGGCCAGGAGAGGCAGCUGGCACUUGCAGAGAAAUAGUCAAGCACUUUGGACCUUGGACCAACUGUUGGACAGAGCCAAGCUAGCUGCCUCCUGUUUCAUGUCUUUAUGCUAAGCUAAGCUAAGCUAACCAGCAGUCUCAUUGCCAAUCUCCGCCUCAUCUCCUCUGUGGCUGUGCACACUGUUUGCAACCAUUCAUGAGUACAUUAUUAAAUAAAUUUACGACAGUGCCCUCUGCACUGUGGGCAAAUCUACAGCAAGCAGAGUGGAAAGUCACAGGAUGUUUGGCUUAAAAUCAGGCAAACCUGGCAGAUUCCUUUGUACACUUGUGAUCAUAUUUGAGCCGUUUAAAUAUAAAACCUGAGUUCACUACCUUGUCGUGUUACCACAGUAUAACCAGCAUAUAUUGUGAUGUUUGUUUUACUUAUUUGCUAUAGCAGACCAAGCAGCCACUACCACAAUUGAGGCCGAAGCCUAUGUAGAAAUACCUUAAAGCGAGACGCUCCAAUUGACUUCCAUUCUAAAAGCCUCAACUUCUCUUUAGAAAUACUGUGAAUAUAUUUGAGUCAUUAUGGUCUCAAUUGCUAAAUUCAGGCCGUCUAAUAAGUGUGCUGGUGGUCAUUUGGGAAAUUAUUGCU